GCAACCCUGCCCGGCUCUGCUUCUUCCAGGCCGAGGCGCGCAUCGCUUUCGCCUUUCGGCCUGGGCACACACACACAGUAUUUGCUUUUCGAAGAGUCCGAGAGGCCUCUGCCCUGAAAUUUGAAUGAUGGAUUGAGUGCCAGCGUGCGUCGUGCAGCUCAAGUGCGCAACCCGAAAGAAUCCUCGGAGCACGCAGGCACGCGGGCAGGCGCGAUGAUUUCGUGACACCUCGUGGAUCAGUACUGCUGUUUAGUGCAGAGGAUGCCGGUGAUUCCUGAAGCUCACAUACCCCAGACGCCCAGCGCCGAAAGGAAAGUGAAUCGCACGCAGGCAGCGGCAGCACGGGCAGGACUGCCAUCAUCAAUCAGCUCGAUCGCUCACCCGCUGCAAAUCUGUGGGAGCCAUGUGGCCGUGCUUUGCCUCUUCUGUUCCCUGUGGCCUGUGCUCUCUGUCCCGGCCACUUUGCUUUGCCGCUGAAUUACGACAUCUACGGCUGCAAACAGUCCGUGUAACAAAACUUCAGCAAGUAGUGAAGCUUGCAGUGCACAGCACGGUGUUCAGCAUUCUGCCUAUUCUACGCACUGGAGCAUGCCCAGCGACAAAAAGUAUAUGAGAGAGAGGCUAGAGCUAGAGUAACAGCACUGUUAUACAGGAAGUAUUAAGAUAAGAUUGCUCAACAUUCUUUGUUUUCCUUUCCUUUUUAAAUAGAUAUAUAGAUGCCAGCGUGAGCAUCUAUCAUCUGUAAAGCUAUUGUCUCCCAUGUGCCUUUUCUCGUUCUGGCGGCACUUCUAUAUAGUCCAGCCUCCUCUCUCGACACCCCCAACAUCCAAUCAAAUGCUGGUCCUGCAUUGCAUUACAUUGGUACCAGUACCCUGUACCCAUUUACGUACUGUACCAAGUAUGAUUACUGUGCAGUACUAAUUGUAGUUGUACAAAAUACACAUGAGAUACACAAACUGGCACCUGUAAGUUUUCUCCUUUUCAAACAGAGCAUACAAGAAGCCAGUAUUCCUUUCUUCCCUCUCCUCCUCCAGUAGUAGCCACAAGUCCUGCACAAAGCCAAAGCCAGAGACUCGACCUUUGACCCGCUCCUCGCGCCGUCGCCGUCGGCGAGUCCAUGGCCGCCGCGGAGACCGCCUCCGCCUCGUCGUCCUCCUCCUCCCACCCUCCCAUGCCCGCCGCUUUCCCGGCCACGCGCCAGGAAAUCCAGGCGGCCAUCGCCAAGGCCACGGAGCUGCGCGCGCUCCACGCCGCGCUCCUCCAGGGCGGUGCCAAUGCCGCCUUCGCCAGCGCCGGCCGCAGCCCCGCCGUCAUCCGCGUGCCGCCCGCCGCGUCGCCUGCGGUCCCCAGGGCCGCCGCCGUCGCCGAGGACUACCCCGUCUUUGCCCCGGCUUAUAGUGAAGAGCCUUUGGGUGGAAUGAACUACAUCCGUCAAGACAACAGGAGCCUAUCUGAGAACUGGAGCGGAAUUGGUUUAGACCAUGAAGGUCCGGAAGAUGAGGUGGCAUUCUCGGAUCUCGACAAUCACAACACCUUCUCUUCAUCAAACAGCGAGCUUCACUUCUCAUCAUCAAACGAACAUAUGCGGAGCAGAAUCACACGAAGAAACCAUCCUUCUUCCUUCCUUCAUCCUGCUCUCUCUGCCGACAGUUUGCUUAAGUCAGCCAGCAGGAGGACAGAUUUGGCAGAAUCAAAGGCUGUGACGACUUGCAACGCCUGCAAGCCUGCAACAAUCAGUAGGGCCGCUGAUACCGAUGCCAAUGCUCUGAAGAACCUCAGCAGCGAAGCGCCACUGUCGAACUACAACCCCUCUGUCAGCUCACGGACAAGGCAAAAAGGGACACACAUGCUUGCAUGGCUCUUACCAAAGUCAAAGAGGAAAACGAAAUCAGACAUGUCACCGAACACCACCGAGUGUGAGAACAUGUCGCAGCUUCUGAAGGAGUGGGGAGUGUUUUCACUAGAAUCUCUGAAGAAGGAGCUUGCUGAGGCCAAUGAGCACAGGGACGCUGCUCUACAAGAAGCUGGAGAGAUGAGAUCAUCUUUGGGAGAGCUAACUAGCAAGCUGCUGGGCUUGGAAGCAUACUGCUCUGAACUGAAGAAGGCGCUAAAGAAAGCGACAAGCACGAAAAGCAUGCAUUCGCACUCAAAGAGAUCAGCUAGAUCAUCAGGCAUCAGUAGAGACGAUUCAUUGCCCGUCAGUCACGAAGUAAUGGUGGAAGGGUUCUUGCAGAUAGUAUCGGAAGCCCGUCUUUCCAUCAAACAGUUCUGCAAGGUGCUCAUCCAACAAGUCGACGAUGCCGACAACGGACUGUCAGAUAGGCUAAAUGUACUCCUGCAGCCAUAUCAGCUCGCACUCACUGAAAAGCCCUCAAAACUCAUACUGUAUCAUCUUGAAGCACUCAUGAACCAAGCAAUGUACCAAGACUUCGAGAACUGCACGUUCCAGAAGAAUGGGUCGCCCAGGUGCCUGGACCCAAAGCAGGAUCUCCAGGAGAACUUUGCGUCGUUCGUGGCGCUGCGCAACCUGAGCUGGAACGAGGUCGUGAAGAAGGGCACCAAGUACUACUGCGAGGACCUGAGCCGCUUCUGCGACCAGAAGAUGAGCUGCAUCGUGUCGACACUGAGCUGGUCGUGGCCGUGGGCGGAGCAGCUGCUGCAGUGCUUUUUUGUGGCCGCCAAGUGCAUCUGGCUGCUCCACCUGCUGGCCUUCUCUUUUGACCCGCCACUGGUGAUACUGCGGGUCGAGGAGGACCGGGCGUUCGACCCGUUGUACAUGGAGGAAAUCCAGGUCGAGAGGCAACGGCCGCGGAACCCGUCUCGGGUAAAGAUCAUGGCGAUGCCUGGGUUCUACGUCCAAGACCGGGUGCUCAAGUGCAGAGUAAUCUGCAGAUACAGCUAGUCCCGCCGCCCCUUGUAGUACAAUGCUUGGUUAGCUGAGAUGCCUCAGUGAUUUUGCUUUGACUGAUUGUUGUUAGUACUAGCAUGAUGUAGCAUCUGUUUGUAUGUUAAGUUGCAGAAACAUACAGCACUGUCAGAACGAGUUUUUUUUUUUACCAAACACUGUCAGAACGAGUUGGUUCGCCUUCCCAUCUGCAAA